CCACGGGUUUGAAUUGAAUCAUUGUGGCCUAAUCAAUGGUCUUAUUGGAUUACUGGCCACUGCUGUGUUCAGAGAUAUUGUUGCACUGACAAUGAAAAUAGCUUAGAGUUGGCGGUUGGGUGGGUGUGUAGUGGGCUGGAAGGCGAGUGGUGGAGAGAGGAAGGGGCCAUUCCAGAGGUAUGCGUGUAUGAGAGAGAGUGUAGGCAGCCUAAACACUAAUGACAAGCUUUGUUCCCCUUUUUUGUCGUUUUCAAAUGUGCAGGUUAAGAAUAUGAGCGCUGAAGGUGGCUUCUGGGGUGCAAUCAUUUGAAUACUGAAGGAUGUAGCGUUAGCGGCCGGGACGUCGCUGGUUUGCUCUGCGUAGCUCUUUGAAUAAACACAGGAAACAUGAACACGAUCCCCGGUAAAGUAGAGCCUGGCGGUUUUUCAGUGCUCAAACUGGCUUGGUCGUCAUUGCCUUGAUACAUUUUGACCGGCGGGGAUUUGUUCGUUAUCCUUUUCACCUUUCUCUCUCUCCAGCUCUCUCCUAGUGCCUCUUGCCUACAAUAGCGUAGUGGCGAGAUCCGCACAUUGCAGAAUUCCGUUGAUUGGUGAGAGAGUCAAAAGGAAAAACAGGAUCAAAGUUCGCUGACAUGCUGCGGCAAUCACGUGCGCUGUGAAAAGUCGGGGGAAAAUUGUCUGGCUGUGGUCUGCGGAUGGAAGAAUGAAGCGCCCGGGAACUUUUUUCAGGUCUGGAAGAGUCGUAUCUCUGUGAUUGUGUGCGUUCAUGUGGGGUUUGCGGAGGCUUGGUUGCGAGGCAAGACCAAUAAUUUCUCUUGAUUCUCUGGGCUGAGAGCAGGCAAACUGAGGGGGACGGGAUGAGCAAACCCCUCUAUCAAGACCUGAUCUAUUUCCCCAAACAAUUGAGUGUAUUCAUGAGGUUACGCAAAUGUGGAGGCAGUAAAAUUACCGUAAUCAAUUGAAACAGCGAGUGCGCAUCCAUGGCUCUGAUUAUUUGGAGAUCAUCUAUCAGCCUGAUGUCUAUGUAACAAGGAAAGGGGGGCAUUGAAUUACUGUUGAGUUUCACUGAGAAGUCCAUGAUCAUUGGGCAAGGGAGUUUGGUCAGUGAUAACAGGGCUCCUUGGUCGGCGGACGGAAGUAUUUCACCAGACAUUAGAUAGCUGACUCUGCCCUGCUGAAAGGUGCUGUUUUGAAACUAAACCCCACACUGUCCAGACGAUCGGCUGCUCCGUGUUCUCUGUAAUCUCCUUUUUUUUUAACCUGACAAAGGAAAAAAAGAGGCAGACAAGCCACAGGUCCAGGAGGAUAAACUGAGCAUGGAGGUCAGGUACAACCAAGAGACAGAAGGGAUGGGUCUGAGGAAUGGACUAAAGAAGGGGAAAGAUGAGAAGGACUCCCAGGGCAGCUUGUCCAAAAGCUUCCUCAAGGAGCAGCCAGACUCCUUUUCCCCCUCUGGGACCGUGGACACCUUCGAGAAGAACAGAGGGAGCACGGCGGACCCAGACUACUGUCGGAGAAUACUAGUCCGAGAUGCUAAAGGCUCUAUCCGAGAGAUUAUCCUGCCGAAGGGUUUGGAUCUGGACCGGCCCAAACGAACCCGCACCUCUUUCACUGCAGAGCAGCUCUACCGGUUAGAGAUGGAGUUUCAGAGGUGCCAGUAUGUGGUUGGGAGGGAACGGACAGAACUGGCCCGUCAGCUCAAUCUGUCUGAAACUCAGGUGAAGGUCUGGUUCCAGAACCGGCGCACUAAGCAGAAGAAAGACCAGGGGAAGGACUCUGAGCUGCGUUCAGUGGUUUCAGAAACAGCAGCGACCUGCAGCGUCCUCAGACUACUGGAGCAGGGACGGCUGCUGACGCCUCCCGGCCUGCCGGGCCUCCUGCCCCACUGUGGCAGCGGCACACUGGGCUCCACCCUGCGCCCUCCCUCCAUGACGAUGGCCAGCAACGGCAGCAGUGGCAACAGCAGCGGCGGCAGCACCGGCACGGCGGGGGGCAGCCCUCCACUACCCGUCGUCACCAGCUCAGGGACAGUGGCGAGCCUGCAGAGCUCACAGGCGGGUCACGCCCUCUUCAGCUUCCCCAUGCCCUCCUUACUCAGUAGUGUCUCCACCCGCAUUUCCUCCAACCCCCUGUCCAUGGCCGGCUCGCUGGCCGGCAACCUGCAGGAACUUUCCGCCCGCUACCUGAGCUCCUCUGCUUUUGAGCCUUACAUGCGGACCAAUGGCAAAGAAUCCAUGGACAAGAAAAUUGUGGAAUGAUGCUUUGUUUUCAUAUAACUGGAUUCCUGUUUCGUCUGGACACGUUCUAGUUGUUUUCCUGGCUUCUAUUGUCUUUGUUUGGUUUUGCUCAUUCUCUUUCAUCUGUCUGUGUCAUGUUCUGUAGCAGUUCAUGUAUUCCAGUUGCACAAAUGGCGCCUUGUAUAAGGAAGAAAACAAUGACCUACACAAGCUCAUCUAACAAGGACAGGGUGGCGGAGGAAGGAUUUUGCACAAAAUGUUCAUACAGGACUUUGUUACAGAGACUUAGAGAAACUCUGACACCUAAUGAGAUUAAUGAGGGAUCUUUCAGGUUUCUCUUAAAACACGUUUAAUUAUUUCUAUGAAUUCCAAAUUACAAUAUACACAACACAGGGGCCCAGAGAAUAUGGCUGCUUCUUACCACAGAAGCUCUGCCGCUGUAAGAGAAGUGGGACAUAAUGUAUAGCAAGGAGUACAGGAUUGGUGACAGAAAGUGUAAAGUGAUGGUACCUCUUCUGAAUUGUGUUUUAUUAGUUGAUUGUGUUGGGUAGAUGUAGGGAAAGAAAGCGAGCAGCUGUUUGUGAGAUCCAAUCAGCAAAUCAAAAAAUGUAAAUUUAAAAUGCAGCAUUAUGAAUGAACAAGCAAGGCCAAUUUCUCCACACAGGAUUGGGGAAGGAAAUAAAAGUGCCUCUGUUUGAAGGUCACUGCAAGGCCGCUGUCAGCAUCAAACCCAAUGCAUUUGACAUGUGAAUGCGAUUUGCUUACGCGGAUGCCUCGUAAAAAUUCAGCGUCCAAAAAUAUUCUUGGUAUAUCUGUUUGUAUUAAGUUUGGACCAAACCAAAACAUAAUCCAGAGAAGGUGUUGUCAUACAGUACGAUUGUUCUAUUGUUCAGUGUUGUUUUCUCUAUGGUUUGGUGAGGACUUCAACAUUUUACAACAAAAGUCUUCACUUUGUGGCAUUUUGGUCUUCAAGAUGCAGUACCUGACUCUUCUUUUGUCUGUGAUUUUAAUACCACUGUGAGUUCUCAGAGUAUUUGGUGUACAAUUUCUAUUCCAUGCACGAGCUAAGCAAAGGAAUGAGUUCCUGAAGAAGGGGGAGUUCUGAAGAAAAGCUUUUCAGCAUUAGUAAGCUGCUUGCUUUGUUGAACACUACAAGGCAACAGUUUUUUUAACCAAUAAGACGAUACAAUAACCUUUCCUUCCUGUGUGAAAAUCCACAGCCUUCAUAAAAGACUAAUGCAUGUGGAGACUGGAUGAAUUAUUGUAGUUUAAAAGUACUGGAAAUUCAAAAUUGUUAUUUUAUUGUAAAUUAUUCACUUCUGUAUCUAAUAGAUUAUUAGUAUAUCUGGAAAAUAAUGAAUGAAUGAAUGAAUGUAUUAGCGGGUUGAGGAAUCAAUGAAAUGCUCUUUGGUGCUGUUGUUGUGAAAUAUCUUGAAAUUUGUGAAACGUGUGGUACAAAUGUGCAUAUAUAUUAUGUAUGGCUACAGACAAAGACAAGUGUGUUAUUCAUUUUUAUUUCAUACAUGUUGCUGUGAAUUAUGUUAUGAUAAAUGUCAUGACUGUUA